UGUCUCUCGUUCCAUUUCCUGCCUCUGAAGCAACAGUGUCUGUCUGGGCGAGAGAGCACUUCGUGCGAUUUAGAAACUCGAUAGGAGGCAGCAGCUGAUUUCAGACCACCCUAAAAAUAAUUCGCGGCCAGGCUCUACGUGCUUCAUUCGUAAAGGCAAACUCUACCACCCGAGUUAAUUCUCCUAUAGUAAGAGGGCAACACGGGCUCUUAAAAAUUCUUUUAAGACUAAAGGAAAAUCAACAAGAAAAAAUGAGCCUUUCUUUUUGUGGUAACAACAUUUCUUCUUAUGACAUCAAGGAAGGUGUAUUACAAAAUGCCUGUUUUGUGGAUGCCCUUAACCUGGUCCCUCAUGUCUUCCUGUUAUUUAUUACUUUUCCAAUAUUGUUCAUUGGGUGGGGAAGUCAAAGUUCGAAAGUACAAAUUCAUCACAACACAUGGCUUCAUUUCCCUGGACAUAACCUGAGAUGGAUUCUUACAUUUGCUCUCCUAUUUGUACAUGUUUGUGAAAUAGCGGAGGGCAUUGUUUCUGAUGCACACAUGGAAUCUCGUCACCUUCAUCUCUUCAUGCCUGCUGUCAUGGGAUUUGUGGCCACUACUACAUCAAUAGUUUAUUAUCACAAUAUUGAAACAUCAAACUUUCCUAAGUUGCUUUUAGCCCUCUUUCUUUAUUGGGUCAUGGCCUUUAUCACAAAAACAAUAAAAUUAAUUAAGUACUGUCAGCUCGGUUUGGGAGUAUCUGAACUUCUUUGCAUCACGGGAAUGAUGGUUAUCCUCAAUGGAUUAUUGAUGGCUGUGGAGAUCAAUGUCAUUCGAGUUAGGAGAUACGUAUUUUUUAUGAAGCCUCAAAAAGUAAAGCCUCCUGAAGACCUUCAAGAUCUAGGUGUCAGAUUUCUUCAACCAUUUGUGAAUUUGCUUUCAAAGGCCACAUAUUGGUGGAUGAACACACUUAUUAUAUCAGCUCACAAAAAGCCCAUUGAUUUGAAAGCAAUUGGAAAACUACCUAUAGCAAUGAGGGCAAUGACAAAUUAUGUUUGCCUAAAGGAUGCAUAUGAAGAGCAAAAGAAAAAAGCAGCAGACCAUCCCAAGAGAACUCCUUCUAUAUGGUUCGCAAUGUACAAGGCCUUCGGGCGACCAAUCUUGCUGAGCAGCACAUUCCGCUAUCUGGCUGACCUGUUGGGUUUUGCUGGACCUCUCUGUAUUUCUGGAAUAGUUCAGCGUGUAAAUGACACUAUGGGAUCAAUAAAUACAACAGAUAGACAUUCAGGUUCACUUACCUCAAAGGAAUUCCUUGAAAAUGCUUAUGUGUUAGCUGUUCUUCUAUUCUUGGCCCUGAUUCUACAAAGAACAUUUUUACAGGCCUCCUACUAUGUCACCAUAGAAACUGGCAUUAAUCUUCGUGGAGCUUUGCUGGCUAUGAUAUACAAUAAGAUCCUGAGGCUUUCUACAUCCAAUUUGUCCAUGGGUGAGAUGACUCUGGGACAAAUUAAUAACUUGGUUGCCAUAGAAACUAAUCAGCUCAUGUGGUUCUUGUUCCUGUGUCCUAAUCUAUGGGCCAUGCCUGUUCAGAUCAUAAUGGGAGUGAUUCUGCUCUAUAACUUACUUGGAUUAAGUGCGCUGGUCGGUGCAGCUGUCAUAGUGUUACUCGCGCCAAUUCAGUACUUCAUAGCUACAAAGUUGGCUGAGGCUCAGAAGAGCACUCUGGAUUAUUCUACUGAAAGGUUGAAGAAAACAAAUGAGAUACUAAAAGGCAUCAAGCUUUUAAAGCUGUAUGCCUGGGAGCACAUAUUUUGCAAAAGUGUAGAGGAAACAAGAAUGAAGGAGCUUACCAGUCUCAAAACCUUUGCACUUUACACAUCACUUUCCAUUUUUAUGAAUGCAGCAAUCCCCAUAGCAGCUGUUCUUGCAACCUUUGUGACACAUGCUUAUACAAGUAAGAAAUUGUUAAAACCAGCAGAGGCCUUCGCUUCUUUGUCACUCUUUCAUAUCCUGGUCACGCCGCUAUUCCUGCUCUCCACAGUGGUCAGAUUUGCAGUCAAAGCCAUUAUCAGUGUUCAGAAGCUGAAUGAGUUUCUCUUAAGUGAUGAGAUUGGUGAUGACAGCUGGAGAAGUGGUGAAGGUUCUGUAACUUUUGAGUCUUGUAAGAAACACACUGGAGUACAAACUAAAACUAUAAACAGGAAACAGCCUGGAAGAUAUAACCUGGACAGCUAUGAACAAUCAAUUAGACGAAUUCGUCCAGCAGAGACUGAAGAUAUUGCAAUUAAGGUGACAAAUGGGUAUUUUUCAUGGGGGAGUGGUUUAGCCACAUUAUCCAACAUAGAUAUUCGAAUCCCAACAGGUCAACUGACAAUGAUUGUGGGUCAGGUAGGCUGUGGAAAAUCUUCUCUGCUCCUUGCAAUACUUGGUGAAAUGCAGACAUUGGAAGGAAAAGUUCAUUGGAGCAAUGUAAAUGAAUCAGAGCCUUCUUUUGAAGCAGUCAGAAGUAGGAACAGGCACUCUGUGGCCUAUGCAGCUCAGAAACCCUGGUUAUUGAAUGCUACAGUAGAGGAAAAUAUUACUUUUGGGAGUCCUUUCAAUAAACAAAGGUACAAAGCUGUCACUGAUGCCUGCUCUCUUCAGCCAGAUAUUGAUUUGUUGCCAUUUGGUGACCAAACUGAAAUUGGAGAAAGGGGGAUUAACUUAAGUGGAGGCCAAAGACAAAGAAUCUGCGUAGCCCGAGCUCUCUAUCAAAACACUAACGUUGUCUUCUUGGAUGACCCAUUCUCUGCACUGGAUAUUCAUUUGAGUGAUCAUUUGAUGCAGGAAGGGAUUUUGAAAUUUCUCCAAGAGGACAAGAGGACACUUGUUCUUGUAACCCACAAAUUACAGUACCUGACACAUGCUGACUGGAUCAUAGCCAUGAAGGAUGGUAAUGUGCUAAGGGAAGGAACUUUGAAGGAUAUUCAAAACAAAGAUGUUGAGCUUUAUGAACACUGGAAAACACUUAUGAAUCGCCAAGACCAAGAAUUAGAAAAGGAUAUGGAGGCUGACCAAACAACCUUGGAAAGAAAAACUCUCAGAAGAGCUAUGUACUCAAGAGAAGCCAAAGCACAAAUGGAAGAUGAAGAUGAAGAGGAAGAAGAGGAGGAAGAUGAAGAUGAUAACAUGUCCACAGUAUUGAGGCUCAGGACUAAAAUGCCAUGGAAGACUUGCUGGAGAUACUUGACUUCUGGAGGAUUCUUCUUCCUUUUUUUGAUGAUUUUUUCCAAGCUCCUGAAGCAUUCGGUUAUUGUAGCUAUAGACUACUGGCUAGCUACAUGGACAUCUGAACUGAAUGGAAAGGAUAGUAUAAGUGAUUAUCAGUCUUAUUAUGUGGCUGGAUUUACAAUCCUUUGUGGAACAGGUAUUUUCCUUUGCCUUGUUACAUCUCUCACUGUAGAAUGGAUGGGCCUCACAGCUGCCAAAAAUCUUCACCACAACCUUCUUAAUAAGAUCAUUCUUGGACCAAUCAGGUUCUUUGAUACAACACCCUUGGGGCUAAUCCUAAAUCGUUUUUCAGCUGACACAAAUAUCAUUGACCAGCACAUCCCUCCUACCCUGGAGUCUUUAACCCGCUCAACUUUACUCUGCCUAUCUGCCAUUGGGAUGAUCUCAUAUGCUACUCCUGUAUUCCUGGUUGCUCUUGUACCUCUUGGGAUUGCCUUUUACUUCAUUCAGAAAUAUUUCCGUGUGGCCUCUAAGGAUCUCCAAGAACUUGAUGACAGCACUCAGCUGCCUCUGCUUUGCCACUUUUCAGAAACUGCUGAAGGCCUCACCACCAUUCGAGCUUUUCGGCAUGAAACCAGAUUUAAGCAACGCAUGCUAGAGCUGACAGACACAAACAACAUAGCCUAUUUAUUUCUCUCAGCUGCCAACAGAUGGCUGGAGGUCAGGACGGAUUAUCUGGGAGCAUGCAUUGUUCUCACUGCAGCUGUUGCAUCUAUUGCAUCAUAACUGACUUCUUAUUCUGGUCUGGUGGGACUGGGCCUCUUGUAUGCACUUACGAUAACCAACUAUUUGAAUUGGGUUGUGAGAAACUUGGCUGAUUUGGAGGUCCAAAUGGGAGCUGUAAAAAAAGUGAACAGUUUCUUGACAAUGGAAUCUGAAAACUAUGAAGGAGCAAUGGAUCCAUCUCAAGUUCCAGAACACUGGCCACAGGAAGGAGAAAUCAAAAUUCAUGAUCUGUGUGUCAGAUAUGAAAAUAAUCUCAAACCAGUUCUUAAACAUGUCAAGGCUUAUAUCAAACCAGGGCAAAAGGUUGGCAUAUGUGGCCGUACUGGCAGUGGAAAGUCAUCAUUAUCACUGGCUUUCUUCAGAAUGGUGGAUAUCUUUGAUGGAAAGAUUGUCAUUGAUGGGAUAGACAUUUCUAAACUCCCACUGCACACUCUACGUUCCAGACUUUCAAUCAUUCUACAAGAUCCAGUACUAUUCAGUGGUUCUAUUCGAUUUAAUUUAGAUCCUGAAUGUAAAUGUACUGAUGAUAGACUUUGGGAAGCUCUAGAAAUUGCUCAACUAAAGAAUAUGGUUAAAUCACUUCCAGGAGGUCUGGAUGCGGUUGUCACUGAAGGUGGAGAAAAUUUUAGUGUGGGACAAAGGCAGCUGUUUUGCCUUGCCAGAGCGUUUGUCCGGAAGAGCAGCAUUCUCAUCAUGGAUGAAGCCACAGCUUCUAUUGAUAUGGCUACAGAAAAUAUUUUGCAAAAAGUGGUAAUGACAGCCUUUGCAGACCGCACAGUUGUAACAAUUGCUCAUCGCGUUCACACUAUCCUGACAGCAGACCUGGUCAUUGUGAUGAGGCGAGGGAAUAUUUUAGAAUACGACACCCCAGAAAGCCUCUUGGCGCAGGAAGAUGGUGUAUUUGCUUCUUUUGUUCGGGCAGACAUGUGAAAGGGUGUCUGAAUACGAUUUACAUCGUUAAAACAAAAUGUUACAACUGUUGUCUGUUUAAUGGAAUAUCUUUUCUAGUCUCUGGGAAGAAGUGUCAUUUUAGCUUUUCUGAAUUUGUAGCUUUGGAAGAGUCCUUCCCAUAUGAAUGACAUCUUGAAAAUAAAAAAUAUCACUUCACCAAAGAGCAUACACAUGUUCCCAGCGCUAGUUUUCCUAAUGUUUUUAUGUUUCUCCCAGAUAUUAAUUACUUCUUGUUGUUUCACUGUCAAUAUAGCAAUGAUCAGAGGGCCUUAACUCUGAGAAUGGCAGAUUAUAUUAGAAUGGUUAGGAUACUUAGGAGGGUAGGGUUACAAAGUCAUGCUUUGAUCUAACCUCAAGGUUUGUAGUUAUUUGCAGUGGAUGCUCAGCAAUAUAACCAUUUUAUUUGUAUUAAUGUAUUUUCAUAAACACUGAUCACAAAGCAGUCAUACAUUGUUAUUGAUGUCUUCAGAAGAGUGAGGGAGAAAAAAAGAAUUCACUCUAUAUGUUGUACUUUUACUACAAUCCUUAGACCUAUAUGAAUAGUUCUAGUCUUAAGUCUCUUAUCUCUUGUUUUGUCCUGUUAGAAAUAAGUCAUCAAACCUGUAGUAAAUACUAAAUCACACUCUAAUUUAGCAAUUCUUAUUCAAACUACUGAAGGAUUUGAAAAACAAUAUUCAAUCUUCAAUCCAUCUACAAUUAGCAAGAAGAGAGUUUAAUACACCAAUAAUACUUUCUUCUUCAAUACUGUAAGUUUCUUGAGGUUAGGCAUCUUCAUAUCCCCUAUAGCACCUAGAAUAAUUCUUCACACUUAGCAAAUGUUUAAUAAAUGUUUGUUAGACAAGUGAAUUUUACCUUAUAUAACUAGAAGUCACAGGUUCAAAUGUUAACUAGGGUAAAAAGAAAUCCUUAUUCAUCUAGUGAUAGACAGGUUGCGUACUCUACAUGUUAUACCCUCUCACCUGUGAGCCCCAGAGCACUACCUUAGAUUUGAAGCAUUUUGUGGGUAUGCACUUAAAGACGUAGCUCAUUACUCUCCAUUGAUGUGGUUAAUUUUACAGAUAGGCAGACACCACAUUAGCUUAAAAUAAAAGACAUUUAAUCAAACAAAGUGAGACAAGAACAAGUUCUCUUAAGUACACAUAGGGUAUGUUCUUCUACAGGUGUGCCACACCUGCAAAAAGCAGGUGUUGGUAGUGACACACAUACAUACAUGGCUAGGAAUCUUGCAUGGAGAUCACACUAAUAAGGAUCCAGAUGUCAGGGACACAUGCAGAGCUGGGACAACUGAACACUUCCAACACUGAAGAGUACAGAAGUCAUCUGGUGAUGUUAUUACACGGCUCUCUGCUAGGUGUCAUGUCUCUGUGCUGGACAUCAUAUUUUCACUUUCAAGCUGUCUCUGGUGGGUGUGUUGUGUUGUUCAUCAAGUUAUUAUCUUCUACCGUCUUCUGGGUUUCAACAACCUAGACUCUUCAAGGCUACCCACUGUUUACUACUAUCCUAGCCUGAAAUGGAAUGUCUAGAUGGCUUCUUCCUGACAGAGUAAGCUAUAUUUCUAUUCAUGCACAAUCUGUGGCUGAUUGUGAACCAAAACAGACAGAUUAGCAGCAGCCAAUAAAAGCUAACACAAUACUUCAAACUGAAAUGGUCUAUCAUUUUUAUUAUUUACAUCUGAGGUUGAUUCAAAGUCUUUGGUAUCAAACAACUGUCUGACUUAGGGUUAAUAAAUGACUUCUAACUCCUGUUACCUUUCUAACUGUGAGCUUGUGUCCCUAAGAUCCGCUUUAGGGAUUCUGCUAGAAAAAAAACAAACAAAAACCAGGUACUGUAUGGAGGCCUAUGUACUGAGAUGAGCUUCAUUCCCACUUUGGCAUGCCAGUGAAAUUAGGGUAGGAACAAAAACUAAUCGAAGGAGCUAAAGCCAUCACUCCCCAUCCCUAGUCUACAUCCCUGCCCUUAUUGUGUAUAUCUGCCAGGAACAAAACCUCAUUGGUCCUCUUUUGUUUACUUCUCUUCAGCAAAGAAGUGCUCUAAAUAUAUAGACUACAUCAUAGUCUUCCAUUUGGGACUCAGAACAUUGAAAUUCUCUAGAGUGUCAGUAUAUUCAAAAUUCAAAAAUAUUUGUUAAACAUUAUUUGCCAUAGUUAUUUGUGUUCAGUCUAAGUGGAAUUUUUUUUUAUUCUAUAUAGAAAUGUCUAAUAAUGCUGACAGAACUUUGUCUUUGGCUCAUCUUGUCCAAAUCUCAUUUUAAUGAGUAUGUUAAAAGUGUAUAAAAAUGUCUUCACACUUUAGCUACCUGCAUAAUGUUUUUCUAUUGUUGAAACCUAAAAGCAUAAAAUGAAAUAUAAUAAAACCUGAUUUAAAUAGG